AAAAAUUGGCCUAUCGGCAACCUCAACACACAGAAAUACACCCUUUGUAAGGAGAUUAAAAAGACUGGGGGAGAAAAAAAAUUCAAAGCGGCUAAGGUUAGAUGCAGCCAGUGCGGGGAGCUGUGUGGAUCAGAGAGGUGUUUGCGGUCGGUGUGUGCGGAGAUUUAGAGGAGAAACCGGGCGAAGAAGAGCAGAGAAAAGGGGGAAAGGACAAUGCUGUGUUAUACCGUCUGUGAAAAAAUUGCUUCAGUCACAGGGAAUGCCGCAUAGAUCUGAUAAUCAUCACCGGUAGUGUUUCGAUUAUCGUUAUUUCGCAUUCAGCUCUCGUAUAUAGGCAUCAUCUCAGAGAUACAUUGUCUUAUAUUAUAGUACUUUUACUGCAGGCUGCUCUUUAUAAUUAUAGGAUAGAUUUCUUAUUUCUGCAGCUUCUGAUACCUUCGACUGAAUAUGAUCCCUGGAUGUGACCGUUUUAUGUUUUAUUUGGCCGCCGCAUGAAUUCUCCCACCGGAUCCUCGUCGGUGAACGCUGCUGUCCUCCUCCUCCUCCUCUUCCUCCUCAGACGGCCGAUUAUCGCAGAGGGCACUACCCUCCUCCCUGCCUCUAAAGACAUUUUGAUCGUCCUCCCCGGUUCCCCCCACCCGGACUCCUCGACCAUCACCACCACCACCACCUCCUCCUCCUCCUCCUCCUCUUCCUCUUCCUCUUCCUCUUCCUCAGUACCAUGUCGGGACAGUCUUUGACGGACCGGAUCGCCGCCGCUCAACACAGCAUGACCGGGUCUGCCAUCAGCAAAGCCGUGUGCAAGGCCACGACGCAUGAAGUCAGCGGACCCAAGAAGAAACACCUUGACUACCUGAUCCACUGCACCAAUGAGCUGAACGUCAGCAUCCCCCACCUGGCAGACACACUGCUGGAGCGCACAGCCAGUAACAGCUGGAUCGUGGUUUUCAAAGCGCUCAUCACCACACACCACCUCAUGAUGUACGGCAACGAGAGAUUGAUGCAGUACCUUGCCUCCAGAAACACACUCUUCAACCUCAACAACUUUCUAGAUAAGGCUGCACUACAAGGAUAUAACAUGUCAACUUUCAUCAGACGCUACAGCCGCUACCUGAAUGAAAAAGCCAUGUCAUACAGACUAGCAGCAGUGGACUUCACCAAGAUGAAGAGAGGGGCUGAGGGUGUGAUGCGCACCAUGCACACAGAGAAGCUGAUUAAGACUCUGCCCAUCAUUCAGAACCAGCUUGAUGCACUGCUGGAUUUCCAGCCUAACUCCAAUGAGCUAACCAACGGAGUGAUCAACACUGCUUUCAUGUUGCUGUUUAAAGACUCCAUACGGUUGUUUGCUGCCUACAACGAAGGGGUCAUCAACAUGCUGGAGAAAUACUUUGACAUGAAGAAGAACCAGUGCAAAGAAGCUCUGGAGAUCUACAAGACUUUCCUCAACAGGAUGACCAAACUGUCCGAGUUUCUCAAAGUGGCAGAGCGAGUUGGGAUAGAUCAGGGCGACAGCCCCGAUCUCACACAGGCUCCCAGCUCUCUCCUGGAGGCUCUGGAGCAGCAUCUAGCCUCUCUGGAGGGCAGGAAGCUCAAAGACCUCUGCGCAGCCAGCAGAUCCAGCACCUUGUCCAGUGCAGUGUCCUCUCUCUCCAGCACUGGGAUCUCUCUUAGCCGUAUGGACGACAAGACAGACGACAACAGACUGCAGCAACACAAGGAGGACGGUCAUAAGGUGAUUGAUAUUCAGACACCCAAUGUGUCGCCCAGCACUCAGUCGGUGGGCAGUGCCAACAGCAGCGGGGGGGCCACAGAUCUCUUCUCCAACUCACAGAUCGUACCCAUCAGCAACCAUGUGCCAAACCUGACCAGUGAGCUGUUCACCCUGCAGCCAAACUUCACCCCCAUCCAGACCACACACACUGUGCCCAACAAUAACAAUGCCUGGGGAGGUGACCUGCUAAAGCCAGUAGCACACGCUCAGAUUCACAGCCCCGGGGUCCAAUUGCACUCUGGGAAAAUGCUGCCCAAUGAUUUGGACUCUUCAUUAGCCAAUCUCGUUGGCAACCUGCAGUUUGGGGGGACGCCAGCUAAAAAGCCGGAGCUCCAGUGGAGUCAGCUCGUAGAGAAGAAGCCAACAGGAGGAGGCUGGCAGUCAAAGACAAUGUGCACCAGCACCAACUGGACUCACACCACCCAUCCCAUGGCUCCUGCGCCCAUGCCCGUUCCUCAGAUGAAUGGGAUGAUCUAUACUGGCUAUGCUCCUGCACCAGUGGCUUUUCCUAUGACGUCACCCCAAGUGCCUAUGUAUGGAAUGUUUUUCUCUCCACAUUCACAUGAAUUCUCCCACCUAUUCCCUGAGCAGCUCCCUCCUCAGAUGAGUCAUCAGAUGGGGGGUGUUCCCAUGAUGCCCCCGCAGCCUGUCAUGUACAACCAGCCCGUCCUGAGACCCUCCAAUCCCUUUGGACACAUGCCAGGGGCACAGAUGCACUUCAUGUAAGGAUGAUGUUGUAACCAUGGCAGCAAAGCCGAGAGAGAGAGAGAGAGAGAGAAGAGAUGGAGAGA